AUGUUAUUGAACAAUAUAUAUAUGCGAACCUUAUCGCUGCACUUAAGUCUGAUAAAACUAGAUGUUUGCUUACUCACGAUUAACGAACAGGCGGUCGUGCCUACACAAUUGGUCUUAAUCAGAUUAUCAUUAAUUGAAAGCCGUCAAAGAACAUUCAUACGUUCUGAAAGAGAAAAUGUAGAACUAAGAGAUUUUAUACGUAGUAGAAGAAGAAGAGAAACUAGACAAUGGGUAGCAAUAAGUUGUGGAUUAUACAUCAUGAUAUUGGCUGGUUGUAUAUACGGAUGGUAUACUGUAACUAUCCCUCAACUAAAAACUGGCCUCAGCGAUAGUCCAAUCUAUAUUACAAAUGACGAAUUGGCAUGGCUUGUUUCUAUGUUAGUAACUGGAAUUUCACUUGGUCGAUUCAUAGGUGAUAUUAUAAUUGAUACUUUCGGCCCUAAAAAAGGCCUCAUAUUGGCCGAUUUACUUUUUAUCUUUGGCUGGUUUACCUUAAUAUACGGACGCGAAUCACAAGCUGCGCAUGUUGCUCGAGGAGCUCAUGGCACAGGUAUUGGUAUUGCAUAUAAGGCAUUUCCUAUGUACGUAUUGGAUGUGACGGAUCCUUAUAUAAGUAAUAUCUUGAACACACUGACAAUACCAAGUAUAGUUCUUGGAUCAUUAAUAAUCAGUGUCAUAGGAUAUAUUGUAUCUUAUUUAACGCUCACAACUAGUGUUUUAAUCCUAUCCUUAAUGUUUAUUCCAUUAAUCAUUUUUCUUCCUGAAAGUCCUGUUUUCUUGGCAAAAAAUGGUGAUAGAACUGCAGCUAUUAAAUCAAUAUCAUUUUUUAAAGAUAUUCUUGAUCCCUAUGAAUCGAGAAGGGAAUUGGAGUCGCUUCUACACAAACGUGCGGAGAAUGAGAAUAAUUCAUAUAGGCCAAAAAAUAGUCGAUGUUUAAAUAUAAAUAGAAAUACUUUGUGGGGAAAAUUACGAUUACUAUAUCUGAAAAAUAACAUAAAAGCUACAUUUAUUAUGUUUUCCAUAACUGUAGCACAAAAUUUUACAGGAUAUUACUUUAUUAUGCAAUAUCUUCCAAUAUUGCUUGAAGCAGCAGGAGUUAAAAUGAAUGUGAACGCAAUGAUGAUUAUAAUUUUUAGCAUUGCAUUUUUAAGUGCCCUUUUAUCUACCGCAACGGCUCACAUUAUAAAAAAACGUAUACGUUUGAUAUAUUGUACAAUUGGAUGUUCAUAUACAUUUUUUAUCAUGGCACUUUAUUUUACAUUUGUUAAUAACAAUAUGCCACAAAUCACGAUGGAUAUUCUUCCUGUUUGCUUCAUGUCCUUGCUCCAAGUAGUAUAUUAUUUAGGCUUGGGCUCAUUAUCCGACAUCCUCAUAAACGAACUAUUUACUCCAGAAAUAAAAAAUUUUGCUACCCUUAUUAUUAAAACUUUUGGUGAUCUACUUGAUUUUUUCUUAACAUUAAUUUUUUGUACUAUUGUUGAUAUAAAUUUUAAAAUCGAUUGGAUAUUUUAUUUUCUCUCGAUAUGUUGUCUUAUGUCAGUUAUAGUAAUGUUCUUUAUGCCUGAAACGAAAGAUAUGACACAUCGUCAAAUUCAAAAAUACUUAGCUCAAGAUUCGGAUUCUUCCGAUCAAGAAAAUGAAAAUAUAGAAGAGCAUGUCUUAUAAUUUCAUAAAAGAAAUUUUAGUGUAGAUGCAGAAUACAUUGUUUACUUUUGUGAAAUUUUUUACUUUUUUUUUAC